AAAUGUUUGAUAAAUGUUUUUUAAUUUAUCCAACAAAUUAGUAAAAUAAAUUACCAUACAAUCACAUUAUUGCUUAUAUAUGCAAUAUGUAUCAAAAGAGUUUGCUUAAACAGUUUCCUAGUUUUCAUCAUUUUUGUGUCCCUGUGUUGAGUUACAACAACACGUAAUUUCAGUCAGAACAUGCUCAAGUGACCACCCGACAUUCAUCUGUUUACUUUUGCUGAAAACGUCAUUUAUAAACAAGUUGCAAUUCAAAACAAAACACAAGUUAACUGGAAUUAUAGCCAAAUAUAUAACUAAUACAAUUAAUUGAAUAUGGAUAGUAAUGGCCACUCUAUUAAAGAUUUUAGGGUAGAAUCUGCCCCCGACACUGCCUUCUAUGUGUCAGAGUUUUUAUCAACAUCUGAAGAGAAAUCCAUAUUAAACCAUAUUUAUGCAGCACCAAAACCAAAAUGGACACAACUUACAAAUAGAAGACUGCAGAACUGGGGUGGGAUUCCCCACAGGAAUGGAAUGAUAGCAGAGGCCAUGCCACCAUGGCUUGAAACCUACCUUGAUAAAAUAGACAGGCUGGACCUGAUGGGUGGGAAACAUCCCAACCAUGUUCUGGUCAAUGAGUAUUUACCUGGACAGGGUAUAAUGCCGCACUUAGACGGGUCUCUGUUCUAUCCCACCAUCACUACACUUUCAGUAGGGUCUCACUGUGUUAUAACCUUCUUGGAGACAAAAGAGGACAAUGUAAUCAACACCACUCCUGCAUUCUCUCUGUUACUUGAACCAAGGAGUUUGUUAAUCUUACAAGACAAACUAUUCCACAACUAUUUACAUUGUAUUGAGGAAGUUAAGGAAGAUGUCUUAAAUGAUACAAUUAUUAAUUUAAAAAUGUGUUCAAAUAAUUAUGUCAAGGAUACAACUGUGAAAAGAGGUACGAGAGUAUCUUUGACUAUAAGGCAUGUGCCAAAAACAUCAACUUUUAAAUUAAAUAUUGGCAAUAAAAAAUAGGUAGGUAUCUAAUGUGAUUGUGUUUUACUUGAUUGUUAUUUACUGAUAGUUAUCUUUUUUUUAAUAUAUAUGUGUUUCAUAUUAA